AUGGCUUUUCAUGUGUGGAGUAUCAUUACAAACCGAGAAUCGCUUUGGGUUGCUUGGAUGCAUUCCUACCCGUUAAGAGGCCGCACUCUAUGGAAUUGUAAACCUGUCACUAAUUGUUGCUGGAGUUGGAGGAAGAUAAUUCAGAUACGGUCAGAGUUUAGACGCUGUAUUUGGGUAAAACUCGGAAAUGGUAACUCUACAUCAGCAUGGUAUGAUUUUUGGUGUGAUGGUGGUCCGCUAUGUUCUUUCCUUUCUCCUAGGGUUAUUACUCGAGCUGGAUUUGGCCUAGCUGAUACCGUUCAAGACGUUUAUGGGGAUGGUACUUGGAACUGGCCGGUCGAGUGGAGGAAUUUGUUUCCGGUUAUUAAUCAGUUGGAUCAACUUCAUUGUAAUCCGGAUACUAGUGACCGUACUUUGUGGAAGGUUGGUAACAAUCUGACCGAUUUUUCUUCGUCAUCGGCUUGGGACUCCAUUAGAAAUACCGAGGCCGAUGUGGAUUGGGUUAAAAUUGUUUGGUUCUCUCAGUGCAUUCCGCGCCAUGCGUUCAAUAUGUGGUUAGUAAUGCGGGGUAAACUGUUGACUCAAGACAAAAUUUUGCAAUGUGAUUUGUCUAGGAGGAAGAGUAUGAACAUGAUGUGUUGUGUGCUAUGCUAUGCGAAUGUGGAUUCUCAUGAACAUCUUUUUUUCGAAUGUGGCUUUUCAUCUCAAGUGUGGAGUUCGGUUAGAACCAAAGGGAACAUGGCAUCUGUCGACUCAAAAUGGAGGAACAUUGUUGAUUAG